AUGUCAUUGUCAGAGAAAAAGACAUGGUUAUGUUUACGACUUAGUACUUUACCAUGUUUAUUAUCGGAAGAAUGUAUUAUUUUUAAUGUAACUUGUUAUUCAAACGGUAAAAUCAUUUUUCAUGGUAUCAAUAAUACAGCAUAUAUAGGUAAGAAAACUUUUCAGCUUCAAAAAAAUCGAAUGAUUGCUUUAAAUGAAUUUAUUCAAACGAAUUGUUUUAUGUCGGAUAUUCAAUCAAUAAAAAUUUUAUUGCGUAUUGAAUUAUCUCAUAAUAAUAAUCAUUAUGAAAUAUAUUUUUGGAGAAAUGAUACUAUUACUUAUACUAUAUUAGCAUCACUUUUAAAUAUUGAUACAUUAUCAUCUUACAAACAUUGGUCAAUACUAUUACGUACUGCUCAUAUUUUAUCAAAUAUUCAACAAAGAAAAGUAUCUGAACAUUCGAUUAAUAUUAAUUCAAAACCAAUACAAAAAUUUAAGCGAUCAUUAAAAAAUCAAAAUUCUAUUAGAUCAACUCGAACAAAACGAAUGAUGAUUAUACCAAUAGCAGAAAGUUCAUAUAGAACAAAUGAUAAUAAUGAUAUUUUUCCAGAUAACAUGGGAUUAAUUGUGCCAUCAAUUCAAACAUUAGGACUAAUUACAGAAAAAUUCAAUGAUGAUGUUUGUUUUUCUUCUCAGGUAAUUCAAUCAAAAUUUGAUCUAAUCGAUGCUUGUCUAUCUACAAAUGAUAUUAUUGGUGAUAAUCAAUUUUAUGCAUUACGAGAUCAAUUUAAAUGGCCUAAUGAAUUGAUCGAUUCACAAGAAACAGCAACAUCGGAAUCAACAUCAUAUACAACUUUGAUAAGCACUAGUGUUACUGAACAAACGACAUUGAGUCCCGAUGAAAUAUUAGCUUCACUCGGCCAGACAACUAUUUCAUUCAAUGGCACAUCGGAGGCAGCUACAACAAUCAGUUCUGUUAAUACAAUACUUCAUACGACACUUAGCGCGUCCAAUGAAACUGUACAGUCAACAGUCAGUACAUCGGCUGAAACGCUCUACUCAACAUCUAGUGGAUCGAAUGAAACAGUACAGACAACAGUCAUUGCUGCUGAAGCGACGUUCCACACUACAACUGGUCCAUCGAAUGAAAUCUUACAGCCAACAGUUAGCACAUCAGGUGAGAUGUUCCAUUCAACUCUUAGUGGAACCAACGAAACAGUACAGACAACAGUCAGUUCAGCUGAAACGACGCUCCAUGCUACAGUUGGUCUAUUCAAUGAAACUUCACAGUCAACAGUUAGCACAUCGGGUGAAACAUUCUACUCAACAUCUAGUGAAUCAAACGAAACAGUACAGACAACAGUCAGUGCUGCUGAAGCGACGUUCCACACUACAACUGGUCCAUCGAAUGAAAUCUUACAGCCACCAGUUAUCACAUCGGCUGAAACGCUCUACUCAACAUCUAGUGGAUCGAACGAAACAGUACAGACAACAGUCGGUGCAGCUGAAACGACGUUCCAUACUACAAUUGGUCCAUCCGACGAAACUUUGCAGUCAACACUUAGCACAUCGGGUGAAUCAAACGAAACAGUACAGACAACAGUCAGUGCUGCUGAAGCGACGUUCCAUACUACAAUUGGUCCAUCCAAUGAAACUUCACAGUCAACACUUAGCACAUCCGGUGAAACGUUCCAUUCAACUCUUAGUGGAUCCAACGAAACAGUACAGACAACAACCAGUGCAGCAAAUACAACGCUUCAUACUACAGUUGGUCUAUUCAAUGAAACUUUACAAUCAACACCUAGUACAUCUGGUGAAUCAAACGAAACAGUGCAAACAACAGUCAGUGCAGCUGAAACGACGUUCCAUACCACAGUUGGUCCAUCCAAUGAAAUCUUACAGUCAACAGUUAGCACAUCGGGUGAAACGUUCUACUCAACAUCUAGUGGAUCGAAUGAAACAGUACAGACAACAGUCAGUGCAGCUGAAAGGACGUUCCAUACCACAGUUGGUGUAUCUAAUGGAACACUGGAUACAACGAUUGGUAAUUAUACACGUAAAUAUGUCAAUUCAUUUAGUAUUAGUAGUCUUAACUAUUGA